GACGAAGUCGGGUAGGCGCGGACCGGGGAGGGGCCCCGCAGAGUCGGGCGAGGGGAGGAAAGCCGCCGGGCUGGAGGGAUGGCCGGAUGUCCCUGCCCGCAGCCCUGAGCGCGGCGCUGGCGGCGGCGGUGCUGGUGAUCGCGCUGCUCGUGCUGCAGCCUGAGGACGCGGGGCCGGGGGCCGGCUCCAGCAUGGCUGAGACAGAAGCGCUACCGAGGCUUCGAGAAGACUUCAGGAUGCAGAAUAAAUCCGUCUUUAUUUUGGGUGCCAGCGGGGAAACCGGCAGAGUGCUCUUGAAAGAAAUCCUGGAGCAGGGCCUGUUUUCCAAAGUCACGCUGAUUGGCCGGAGGAAGCUCACCUUCGACGAGGAAGCUUAUAAAAACGUGAAUCAAGAAGUGGUGGACUUUGAGAAAUUGGAUGACUACGCUUCUGCCUUUCAAGGUCAUGAUGUUGGAUUCUGUUGCCUGGGUACCACCAGAAAGAAAGCUGGGGCGGAGGGAUUUGUUCAUGUUGAUCGAGAUUACGUCCUGAAGUCUGCAGAGCUGGCAAAAGCUGGAGGGUGCAAACAUUUCAACUUGCUGUCCUCUAAGGGAGCUGAUAAGUCAAGCAAUUUUUUGUAUCUGCAAGUCAAGGGAGAAGUGGAAGCUAGGGUUGAAGAGUUAAAAUUUGAUCGUUACUCCAUAUUUAGGCCCGGAGUUCUAUUAUGUGAUAGGCAAGAAUUUCGCCCAGGUGAAUGGUUGGUUAGGAAGUUCUUUGGCUCCUUACCAGAAUCUUGGGCCAGCGGUCACUCUGUGCCAGUGAUGACGGUGGUUAGAGCAAUGCUGAACAACGCAGUGAGACCAAGUGACAAGAAGAAGGAACUGCUGGAUAACGAGGCCAUCCACGACCUGGGGAAAGCUGAUGGCUCUCUCAAGCCGUGACCACACUGGAGAAAUGCUUUCUGUUGUCAAACUCAACACCCAUCACCUAAUUGGUAAUUACAGUGUCUAAAAAAAACAUGUGCUUUAACUGUGGUUUCACUAUUCUCAGUCGCCCAGAUCCAAUCAAAAAAUGAUCGUGCUCUGCAUCAGCAUUUUAGAGCCUGAUUGUACAUAUGUAGACAUCACCCGGGGAGCCUUUCAAAAACAGAGAUCCAGCAGCUCCCUGGUGGUCUAGUGUCUCGUGUUCGGCACAGAAAUGAGAGGUUCAUAGGCCCUACCUCAAACUUUCUCAAUCAGAAUUUUGGGGGCAUGGGCACAGAAAUCUGUUGUUUUAUUUAAGCUUCUCUUAUGGUUCUGAUGCCACUGGUGGGGAGGCCAGCUUUGAAAGCUUGUCUGCAGAGUCACAGCAGCAGUGAAAACUUUAUGUAUCAUGCAGAUGAGUCCUGAACAAAAAUUGUUGACAUUUGUGUCUCUGAGUUACCCAGUGCUGACUGCAUGUUAAUUGUGUAAGUGAACAUUGUGCCUUACUAUUUCUUUAGAAUAUAUAAUAAAAGUUAUUAUAUAACUGA